UGUUAAUUUACGCUCUCAACUUCUAAUGACAUGAGAGUUAUACAAAUUCGAAUCUCUGACUAAUAGCCUAACUCAUUCCUGGCAAAUAAAAAGUAUAAAUGAAGCGCGCAAAAUGUUAAAUCGUUCAAUGAGUAACUACUAGAGGCAAAACGUUCAUCAGUUGAUUUUAAUUAGCUAUAUAAGCAGUUUAUAUACAAGAGUUGUUGGAGAAUAAAUUUAAUUUUUAAUUUCACAAUUUAUUAAAACAAAUAUAUUGGAACGUGAUUUUCCGCUCCGCUAGGGCCCUGCCAAGAUGUGAAUAUACUCUACAAGAAACAGUGCAGCUGACCAACAAGUUGAUAUGUGGGGCAUUUUAUACUUGCGCUCAACAUUUAUCUUAUCAAUCAGCCAAAAAAUAUGGAACUGUUAGUGGUGAAAUAGCAAGCCAAAAUUUCUUUAUUUAUUGGUAUAUAAAUAACCGAUUUAGACACAGCGGUUCAGUUCCUUCAACACAGUGAGUUUGAAUAGAUCGCAAUGAGUUUAGCUGGUAAAGUUGUUAUUGUAACCGGAGCGAGUUCCGGCAUCGGAGCCGCCACAGCUGAGGCCUUUGCGAAGCAGGGCUCCAAAGUGGUGCUCGUAGGACGAAAUGAAGCAAAUCUGAAGGCUACCGAAGAGGCCUGUAAAGCCGCCAACAGCAAAGCUGAGCUGCUCUCCAUCAUUGCUGAUGUCACAGUUGAUGCGGAGCGCAUUGUAAAGUCGGCAAUUGAAAAAUUCGGACAGUUGGAUGUGUUGGUGAAUAAUGCCGGUGUGGAAUCAAACGGUUCAAUACUGGAAAUUGAUGUCGAACAAUUUGAUAGAGUUUUCGCUACCAAUUUGCGAGCGGUCUUCCUUUUAACGAAAUAUGCCGCACCACAUCUCGUGAAGACCCAAGGAAAUAUCGUGAAUAUUUCCAGCGUCGCAGGAUUGCGUUCACUUGCGAGUAAAUCAGUAUACUGCACCUCCAAAGCGGCACUGGAUCAGUUCACCAGAUGUAUCGCUUUGGAUUUGGCACCGUCGAAUGUGCGUGUCAACGCUAUCAAUCCUGGCGUAAUUGUUACAGAUAUUCAAAAGCGUUUAGGCGUGUCGGAGGAGCAAUAUGCUAAAUUUUUGGAGCAUUGUAAGACUACACAUCCAAUCGGUCGCGUCGGCGAUGCAAAGGAAGUGGCCGAUGCCAUUAUUUUCUUGGCUGGUGACAGUUCGAGCUUCAUAACGGGCGCAAAUCUGUCGGUCGAUGGUGGUAGACGAUUACUGUGUCCGCGUUGAUUUACAAUUUAAAUGUUAUUUAUAUAAAAAAAAAAAAUAAUAAAAAAAUGAAUGAAAGUGAAAAUCCACUUUGG